AUGGGAAGAGAAAAUAUACAACACUAUUUACAAGAACAAACCCAGGACCCCGUAAAGGAGUUGGAUAUCUCCUCAGGAAGAAAUAGCGAUGACGAGUCCUCAGCACAAGAGAAGCCUAACCCAAAGAGAGUGACCACAUCGCAUUCAAAUUUCCCAUUCACACUCUCAAAGGACUCAACCAUCACCGAUUACCUCAACAACAAUAAAUACUUUAUCGACUCCAUCCAACACAACCAUGGACUGGAAAUAUUCGACCUCAACAGCAAAGGUCAAUCCCCACACACCUUGUGGAUCGGCUGCUCGGACUCACGUGCAGGCGAUGGCUGUCUUGCAACAUUACCAGGUGAAGUAUUUGUCCACCGCAACAUUGCAAACAUCAUCAAUGCCAACGACAUCUCCUCUCAAGGUGUGAUUCAAUUCGCGAUUGAUGUUUUGAAAGUGCGCAAGAUUAUUGUAUGUGGCCACACAGAUUGCGGUGGUGUUUGGGCCUCGCUCUCGUCAAAGAAAAUCGGUGGUGUCUUGGACCUUUGGCUCAACCCAGUGCGCCACAUUAGAGCUCAGAACUUGGACCUCUUAAACCAAUUGAACUCUGACCCUCGUGCCAAGGCAAAGAAAUUGGCUGAAUUAAACGUCAUCAGUAGUGUCACUGCAAUCAAGAGACAUCCAUCAGCCACACAAGCAUUGAAGGAAGGCAAGAUUGAAGUUUGGGGAAUGAUGUACGAUGUGGCCACAGGAUACUUGUCUGAAGUGGAAAUCCCCACAGAUGAAUUCCACGACUUGUUCCAUGUCCACGACGAAGAGGUUGCAGGCGAACACAAUGCGCAUUAA